UCACUCUUUCCUUUCCACUCUAAUACAUUUCUCUCUUCUCUCUUCUUUCCACUCUAAUACAAAUUGAACUUCCCCUAUUUUGCUUAUUUGCUUCACUCUCUAAUGGGUGUUUUGGAUUUCAUUUAUGCAACAGCCGAUUCGGUCAGUCAAAAUAGCAAAAAACAUGUCUAUAAUUUCUCUUCCACCUCUUACUCUUACGGAUGUGCUGCAGCCGGCCAGAUCGGUAACGCCGUGCAAAAUCUAAACCGGCAGUUGCAGAAAGAAGAUACUCGUCGAAUUGCCGCCGAUAUUGCCAAGAAUACCACCGUUUUUGCCUGCCGUUAUGGUCUUAAAACUGUCUUACCAGAGGAACUUGUGAAUACUGUUGUGCCGCGAUCUUUUUAUGCUAACAACAAAUUGAAGAAUAUGGAAAACAAAGAAUUAAUGCAAUUAAAAUCUGAAUUGGAAGAUCAUAAACAGGAGGUAAAAGAAUUGCGAGUUGUGAUGGAGAAAAUGGAGAAAGAACUCAGGAGUUUAAGAAAAGACCAAAAUCACAAAAUAGAGAGAGAAAGAAAAGUUCAAAAUCACAAAAUGGAGAGAGAACUCCUUCACUGCUUUCUAGCUCAUUCUCUCCGCUCAGCUGUUCCGAAAACCUCUUCAUCUGGGCAUGGAGUUUAAGGAGCGACAGUCUGGUAUUCAGUUCGUGGCCAAACCUAUGGUCUUUCGUUAGCAGGAGUACGGUGCUGAAUUUGGUCUAGUGAUGAUGGCACAUUCCUUUCCUAGUGGCAUUCUGUCUUAAUGUUAUUCUAAGAUAAUUGUUAUACCUUGUAGAACGCUGUGUGUGUGUAUGUGUACCAAGUAAUUAUGUGGAUAAUGUUUUGUGUAUUUGAGGGUUGAUUGUCUUUCCCAUCUUCUAUCCUAUUUAUGUGUAGGAGCAGGACAUGCUGAUUUGGAGUUUGGCUUGAUUCCCCCUUUUGACAUGCAUAUUAUUGGUGAGGCUACUCUUUCCUUUUGUUUAUUUUGAGAUAUGGUUUAUCCUUUGCUUGUUUAUGGAUAAUGGAUUGAACCUAAUGUUUUGGAAGGAUU